AUGGCCAAUAAUCCGCAGUCACCCGCCGAUCGUGACAAGGAUCACAGAGUUGGGCCCCCACAAGGCACGGGCACUGCGAGUGACGAUGGGACACCCACUAUCAGGGCUGGAAGAGCUGGCAGAGGCUUUCGAAAUGAUCCCACACAACGCGUUGUCCGUCAUCAGAAGACACCAUACGUCUACAGAAUCGGUAUACGCCUUCCCAAGAAGAAGUUGCGACAAUUCCCGCGGUAUAACGGCAGGGUUCGCAAGUUUGUGUCCGACGGUCCUGGAUCUUUUGUGACUCUGAAAGUUCCCCGGUUGCAUACCAUCAUCAGUCGGAGAGGGCAACAUACUUCACCAGAUACAGUGGUAACAGGGGUCUCGUCGGUCACUUCUCCUCCAUCACCAGAGACGGUUCGGUCUGGGGCGCCAUCUAUCUUCUCCGAGACCACGCCCUACUCUGAUUUCAGGACUCCAGCCACCGACGAGUCUUCACCGCAAGAAACUUCGGCAAACAACGGUCUGCGUGACGAGCGGAGUGGCACCGAACACGAACUUCUGGCUGGCACAACUCGAUCUGCUCUUGGACCCCUUGACAAGUCGUUUGCUUUCCCCAACCGCUCCCGAGUCGACUUUGAAGACUUACCCGUGGCCGAACGCAUUCUGAGUAACUCCAACGGCCACGGCGACGCGAUGGCGCCUGUCAAGGAUACCAGCAACGUGCACAAUACUAUCAAAGACAUUAUCCAACAUCUGACCGACAUCCAGAUCCAAACCCACGGCUACAUCCCCGGCACGCAAGAUUUGUUGGUCGACAAGUUGACCGAUCUUACCAACUCGCUUUCCCAGCUAAAACACCAGACUUCGCCCACCGAAUCUCCCAACAACUACAUCCAUCAAGUCGCGAUUGCUCCGGAGAUAGUGGACUACGUAGAUGAUGGUCGCAAUCCGGAUAUUUUCACCCGUGAUUUCGUGGAGAAUGUGCAGAGAGGCAAUGCGGUGAUUAACGGCAAACAGCAAGCAUUCAGGGAGUUUUCGGAGAUUUUCGCUCAGAAGCUUAAGGAGGGGAUCCCUGGCGUGAGUAAGGAGGUAGAGAGGGUAUUGAGGAAUGCUGGUUUCGAUGAGGAACAUGAUGCUACGACAAAUGGAGAUGGACGGAUGGAUUCACAGAGAGGGGAAUCAAACGACAACGGCACAGCAAAUGGAUGA